AUGACAGACAGUAUCGAAUUUGGAGCUGGAGAAGCAGCAAAAAAAUGGGAAGAUGAAAAAGGAGCAAAAUUUUUAGAAGAAAUAGGAAUAAAGCUACCAAAAACUCUAAAAGAUAUGCUCAUAAUUUUGAUGAAUAAAGCUGAAAGGAAAUGUAAGAAAAUUCAAACUUUAGGAAUGAUUAAUGCAGAUAUUGAACUUAGUAAACACUCUGCUAAAUGA